AUGUAUAUCCAAGAGAAAUUAACAGACUCGCUUUUCUCCUCCUCCCUCCUAUCCAUUCUCGGAAGUUCAACCUUAGGCCCAAGCUACAUCGCCGAAGCCUUCGUCCGUUUACGUUGUAAGAGAGCCGCUACAUCCUUGUGCUUGCCAUAUGCUUGCCAUAUGCUUGCCAUAUGCUUCCAUCGCCUUGCCGUGAGGCUGGCUCUGCAGCUUCUUUCUCGUCGUCGCCGUGGGUUGUCUUGCAGGUUUGCCCAACUCAUAUUUUUGCCACAUACAUCUGUCCAUCCUCCUCGUUGUUCGGAUCAGUAA